CUGUUGCUAUCAGCUGAUUUAUUAACCUCCGUCGAGAAAUGUUUUGAGACCUUUGAGACUUGGUUUUUUUUGCAUUUGAAUUCCGAAGCAGCAAAAACCAUCGCGUUAACAAUGUGAAAUAGGUGCCGGACACGAACGGGGCGAUAAUAGUAAUCGUACAAUGUACGCAAAGUACUUUACAAAGUACUUUACACUUGAGAGAAUAAUUUGGAGGGAAUCAUGUCCACGAGUUUUAUGACGCGGAGAGGCCUGCGUUCCAUCGGUGUUUACUGUUACACCACAUGGAGCAGAUCGAGGAACCUGAAGCACGUUGGCGCGGGAAUCCUGACGGGGUUCGCGGCGUACAGCGUGUCCAGGAUCACCGUUCUCGCGGCGCAGAACGACCUGCACACCUACGUCAAGACCUUCAUGGCGCAGCCCGUCACGGACGUUGAGACGCUGCAGAAGAACCGGAACGACAUGAAGACGAAGAUGGAACUGCUGGUGAUGAAGACCCAGGCGGACUUCUGCAGGGCGCUCGAAUCGCUGGAGAGCGACAAGAAGACCUUCACGGUGGACCGCUGGAUGAGGAAGGAGGGCGGCGGCGGCGUCACCUGUGUGCUGCAGGACGGUCAGGUGUUCGAGAAGGCGGGCGUGAACGUGUCCGUCGUGACCGGCGUGCUGCCGCCGAGCGCGGUCCAGCAGAUGCGGGCGCGCGGCAAGAGGAUGGAGGACUCGGUGCCGUUCUUCGCCGCCGGCGUCAGCGCCGUGAUCCACCCGCGCAAUCCCAUGAUCCCGACGAUUCACUUCAACUACCGCUACUUCGAGGUGAAGAAUCCGGACGGCACGAUACAGUGGUGGUUCGGCGGCGGCACGGAUCUCACGCCGUACUACCUGAACGAGGAGGACGCCCGGCACUUUCACCGGGCGCUGAAAACCGCCUGCGACAAGCACGAUCGCACGUACUACGCCAAGUUCAAGGAGUGGUGCGACAAUUACUUCAACAUCGUGCACCGCGGCGAGCGGCGCGGCGUGGGCGGGAUAUUCUUCGACGACCUCGACACGCCGAGUCAGAGCGAGGCGUUCCAGUUCGUCACCUCGUGCGCCGAGGCGGUCAUCCCGUCGUACAUUCCCCUGGUGAAGAAGCACAAAGACGACGGCUACGGGUACCAGGAGAGGCAGUGGCAGCUGUUGCGACGCGGCAGAUACGUCGAGUUCAAUCUGAUCUACGACCGCGGCACCAAGUUCGGCCUGUACACGCCCGGCGCGCGAUACGAGAGUAUCCUCAUGUCGCUGCCGCUGAACGCCAAGUGGGAGUACAUGCACGAGCCCAAGGCCGGCUCGAGGGAGUCGCAGCUUCUCGAGGUGCUGAAAAAUCCGAAAGAUUGGUUGGGCGAUGCGCGAGCGUAAAUCAUAAAUAAACUCGGGAUGGCUUUUAAUUGGGAAAAAUUAUGUGAAGGUAAACAUUGAGAAUAUAGAUCAUCUUAGUACAUAAACGGGAUCUAAAGUGAUAGAAAUAAUACAGAUCGAUAUUUUGCGAGUCGGUUUACAGAUGUGUAUGAACUACUUUACAAAUAAAACUUCGUUGAUGUUAUAUUUAACAUCAGUUGGAAGGGAUGUGAUGCUCCAAGUGCCAAUAUAUUAUAGAACUAUGCGGUGAAUGAUCGUAAUAUAAAGAAUAAACACAAAUUUUGUACAAUAUACAUGUAUUAACUAGUAACUUGUAUACAAUCAUACAUAUAUUGAAAUUUAUAUUUCUUGAAAUCAAUAUAAAAGUAAAAAUAAUGAGAUAAAAAAAUGUGAUGUAUAUAAAAUCUCUCAAGCUGCUUUAACGCGCUUAAUAUCAACUACAUUAAUUCUAAAAAUGUAAAUAAACAUUAUUUACAUUAUACAUGGAACCAUCGUUACCUAAAACGAGAUUUUUCGCUAAGAUGUGUAUAUAUUUACGUGGAAGUCGAUGGUAAUUGUAUUCAUUUUCAUAAAUUUAGUUUAAUAUUCA